GGUGACUUCUGGUUGAGUCACAUGUCAUCAGAAGGUGUGACCGUUACAGUUCGUCUGGUUCGCUCCUUUGAGCAUCGUAAUUUCAAACCUGUCGUGUAUCCUGGCAUUAACCUGGAUCAAACUGUAAAGGAGUUUAUUGCAUUUGUGAGGAAUGAUGUGUCAUUAAGAACAGGACUUCCACCUCCCUUUAAAAAGUACAGAUACGACACAAUGAAGAUUAUUCACCAGGCACACGGCUCUAAGACCAAUGAACUCGUUGUGAGUUUAGAAGACGAUGACAAACUCAUUUUGGCAGAGGAAAGCACCCUGAAAGCAGCUGGAAUAGAAGAGGAAGUCCUUGACCUGCUGGGUGGAAAGAAUUGUGACUGCUCUGAACCUUUGUGGGUCCUUUAGCUCUGCCAUAUCCCCUGUGAAUAAUUAGAGGCAUUUGAAGGUAUUGCUGGAGAAGCCAAUUUGUGUCUUUCACUUUGCAUAUUGUUGAAGCCUCAUGAAUUAAUCAUCGGCAGGGCAAAAAAUUAGCUUCUUCAGACGCACGUUUUUUGAUGGGUCAUGAGGGAGAAUGUAAAGUGAUCUGUAAAAUAUUCUACUGAUCCUCUUAAGUAUUAAAUUAUGAUGGCUACAGGUUAAUU